AUGAAGUUUGCGUACUCAAGCAUGAAGGCCAAGGCCGGUAAUAAGCAUGCCAUCGCUGCUUCCUUGAAGUCUGCGUACUCAAGCAUGAAGGCCAAGGCCCGUAAUAAGCAUGCCAUCACUGCUUCCUUCUUCUUCAACGCUCGGGGUGAUGGCUUGGAAAAGUCGAUCUCUGGAAUGUAUCGAUCAUUACUGCUUCAAUUGCUUGAAGGGUACCCCGACCUUCAGGCUGUUUUGGACGAUUUUGAUCUAGGUCCACCCCAAAAAGAUGGUUGCCCUCCCUUGAAUGUUCUGAAGGACCUAUUUGCCAAUGCGGUUUGCACUAUCGGUCAACGCUCGUUUACCUGCUUUGUCGAUGCUCUCGACGAGUGUGAUGAACAACAAGUUGUGGAGAUGGUCCAGUACUUCGAAGAGCUAGCCGAAAGAUCUACGGCAAAGGGGGUCCAAUUUAGGACCUGCUUUUCGAGUCGACACUAUCCCUAUAUCGUCAUUCAUCGGGGUAUCCAACUUACACUAGAGGAUCAACCAGGCCAUGCGGAAGACUUGGCAACCUACGUCACAAGCCGCCUCCUAAUCAAAGAGCCCAGGCUUGUCAAAGAGCUACAACCGCAACUCCUCGGUAAAGCUGCUGGGGUUUUCAUGUGGGUUGUCUUGGUUGUUGAUAUUCUCAACAAGGAGUACCGCCGCGGUGGAAUGGCUCUUAGAAUGAGACUCGCGGAAAUACCGAGUGAUCUCAGCGACCUAUUCAAAGAUAUUUUAGGACGUGACAAUGAAAAUAUAGAAGCCCUCCUGCUUUCUAUUCUCUGGAUUCUGUACGCAAAGGAUCCUUUACGACCGCAGGAGUUCUAUCAUGCCCUCUGGUCUGGUUUGUCUCUGAAGGACUUAGUCAAUAGUCAAAUUCCGGACGUCACCGUCCUAGGUACUGGUGAGUCGGAUGACACGGUUAGCAGAUAUGUCAUUAGCUCCUCAAAAGGACUUGCCGAGAUCACAAAAUCUAGCCAGCCUCGAGUUCAAUUCAUCCAUGAAUCUGUCCAAGACUUCCUCAUCAAGGACAUCGGCCUGUCCAAAUUGUGGCCUGAGCUUGCAUUUGACUGCGAGAGCCUAGGUCAUGAGAGACUCAAACAAUGCUGCAGCCUCUAUACGAAUCAUCCCUUGAUCCGUACAUAUGUUGACAGGCUGCUGUCAGAGCCUGACUCCAACGACCGGAAGGAAAUCUCAAAUGAUUACCCCUUCUUAGAGUAUGCCAGUGAGAAUAUCCUCUACCAUGCCAACGCAGCGGCGAAAGCUGUUCCCCAAGAGGCAUUUCUGACCUCUUUCCCCGUCUCUAACUGGAUCAAAACCAACAAUCUCUUCGAAAAGUUCAACUAUCGGAAAUAUACCAUGAAUGCGAGUCUAUUUUAUAUUCUAGCAGAUAAGGGAUGCCCGGAGCUCAUCCGGGCAAGGCUCAAAGAGGAUUCGCAAAUUCAUGUUUUUGGGGAGAGACAUAACUACCCAUUCUUUGCUGCAUUGGCUAAUGGCCACAAAGACGCUGUUGCUGCUCUUUUAAACUCAUCUAAUGGUGUUGACAUUACAGAGGGCCUCAAUCAUUGGAAGGAUUUGAAAGAAUACGGAAAUCGAACACCCCUAUCUUGGGCUGCCCAGAGUGGUCGCGCACCAAUUGUCCAACUACUGAUGCAAUCGAGACCGAGCGUAGGUGAAAUGGAUAGAAGAGAGCGGACACCACUUUUACGUGCCUCGGUACAUGGCCACGAGGCGGUGGUGAGGCUUCUUAUCGAGAACGGAGCCAAUGUCAACGCUAGCAACAAAGUUGAGCGGACACCACUUUCACAAGCCUCAUCAAAAGGCCACGAGGCGGUGGUGAGGCUUCUCAUCGAGAACGGAGCCAAUGUUAACGUUGGCAACAAACAUGGAUGGAUACCGCUUAAAUGGGCUGCGUUUAAUGGCCACGAGGCGGUGGUGAGGCUUCUUAUCGAGAACGGAGCUAAUGUUAACGUUAGCGACAAAGGUAGAGGGACACCGCUCGAAUGGGCUUCGUUAGAGGGCCACGAGGCGGUGAUGAGGCUUUUCAUCGAGAAAGGAGCCAAUGUCAACGUUGUCGAUAAAUUUGGACGGACACCGCUUUUACGUGCUUCAUUAAAAGGCCACGAGGCGGCGGUGAAGCUUCUCAUCGAGAACGGAGCCGAUGUUAACCUUAGCGACAAAGAUAGACGGACACCGCUUGAAUGGGCUUCGUUAAAAGGCCACGAGGCGGUGGUGAGGCUUCUCAUGGAAAACGGAGCUCAAGCCGAGCGGCAAACUAGUAAGCAGACUCAGACUUCCAUUUUCACUCCCUCUUCUCUAUCCUAG